CUUAAGAAAAUAGCGUUAUUUUUCAUCUUUAUGGAUAAAUUUUGAGAUUUUUUGCAUUUCUUUGGAGUCUGUAAGUCGACAUCAAACCAACAUCUGAUAUUCAACUUCUUGAAAAUGUAGAAGUAGCGAAAUACACGGUAGUGAAUGCAUUGAUUAAUUUCCGCUGAUUUUGCACUUAUCAAGGACCUAUGUACCAAUAGGAAACAAACGUACGCGACAGAACGUGAAUAAUAAUAUACAUGAAGAUGUCCAUUUAAAUGUGUUGUGGACAUGUACUGGGGAAAUAAACACCCAGUGGGACAUACUUGUUCUUUUGUAAAAGCCUUAUGAUUUAAGGAAUAUAAAAUGAUGGCAGAUAUGACGAGGAUUGGUGGCGACUCGUCUCUAAGCCCUUUGAGACACAACUCUGCCAGUGAAUAUAACUUCACAAGUGAUUCUGAGAAGUCUGAUGUCAAAGUUGAGAACGCUAAUGACUCUGAUUUCAAUGAUCCAGCAUCACCCCUUUCUUCUACUCAAGAUCAUGUUUCAUCAACGGAGAAAAAGAAGGGUCGAAACACAAACCAGCUACAGUAUCUUUUAAAGAAUGUAAUGAAGAUAGUAUGGAAACAUCAGUAUUCAUGGCCUUUUCAAAAGCCUGUCGAUCCAUCUCUAUUAAAUCUUCCUGACUACUUCAAAAUAAUCAAGCAUCCAAUGGAUCUAGGAUCUAUCAAGAAAAAACUAGAAACACAUAAGUAUUUCUCAGCUUCAGAAUGUAUUCAGGACUUCAAUCAGAUGUUUACCAAUUGCUACAUUUACAAUAAACCAGGAGAGGAUAUUGUGUUGAUGGCCCAGGUGUUGGAAAAACUUUUUCUUCAAAAGGUAGCUCAAAUGCCUGCUGAAGAACAAGAGGUGGUAGCUUCAAGCAAGAAGACUCCUAAAAACAAAUUUAGAACUUUAUCUUCAACACCGAAGAAUUCUAUAAUGAAACCAUUAGCUACUCCCACCCCUGUUAAUUCUCAAACUUCCGCCCAGUCAUCACAGCUUUCAACCACUUCCUUAGCACCAGCAUCUACAACUGUUGUUACAGUAGCACCACCUAGUCAGACUAUGCCUUCAGCGCCUGUUACAACAGCAGCAGAAACAACAGGGACUUACACUAAUCAUAGUAUAUCAGAGUCUGCUGUAAUUCCUCCUCAAGCACCAACUAAGACAAAAAGAGGUGUAAAAAGAAAAGCUGAUACAACCACACCCAUUGUUGCAACCAUGCCUAAGGAUCCUUCAAUUGAAUCAACAGUAAAAGUAGAAAAAGUUCCAGCAAAACUUCCUCCCACUCGAAGAGAAAGCAAUCGUCCGAUCAAAAAGCCAAAGAGAGAUUUACUCGAGGAAGAUUCUCCAGAUCCAGAAAAAACAGUGUCUAAAGCCAAGAAAGGAAAACUGUCUGAACAGCUCAAAUUUUGCAAUAAUAUGGUGAAAGAAUUGAUUGCCAAAAAGCAUGCUGAGUAUGCUUGGCCAUUCUACAAACCAGUAGAUGCAGAAAUGCUUGGUCUUCAUGAUUAUUAUGAAAUAAUUAAAAAGCCAAUGGACCUUGGAAGUAUAAAAAAAAAAAUGGACAAUAGAGAAUAUAAGUCUCCUUCAGAGUUUGCUGAUGAUGUACGGUUAAUAUUUACAAAUUGUUAUAGAUACAAUCCUUCUGAUAGUGACGUUGUAAUGAUGGCUAAAAAACUGCAGGAUGUAUUUGAAAUGAAAUAUGCAAAAUUGCCAGAUGAGCCACAUACUGCCAAUGGUGACAAGGCAGAUAGUGGUAGUGAUACUUCUGAAAGUGAAUCAGAGUCUGACAAUGAAAGUGAGGAAGAAAGGGAACAAAAAAUAAAAAGUCUUCAGGAAGAACUGAAAAAAAUUCAAGAUGAUUUAGGUAAAUUGACAGAAGAACAUAUGCAAAAAUUAAAACAGAAAAAGGAAAAGAGUGAGAAAAAGAAGAAAAAAAAGAAGGAAAAAAUUGAGAAAGUUAAGGUGAUAGAGACACCUGCUUUGGUGGCAUCAAGCACAAAUGCUACAAUUGUGCCACCAUCUGUGAACGAUGUAAAAACACCGAAAGUGAAAACUACGAAAAAAUUGCCAUUAGAACCAAAAAGUACAAAGAAAAAGACUCCAGCAACUCGUACACCUAGUGCUAAGAAAAAUAAGAUAGUGUCUUCAGGGACUGGUGGGCCUCCUCCACCUGUGGCAUUUGAUAGUGACGAUGAAGACAAUGCUAAACCAAUGACUUAUGAUGAAAAACGACAGCUCAGUUUGGAUAUUAAUAAACUUCCAGGUGAUAAAUUGGGAAGAGUUGUGUUCAUAAUUCAGUCUAGGGAACCGUCCUUGCGAGACUCUAAUCCAGAUGAAAUAGAAAUAGACUUUGAAACUCUCAAACCUUCCACGUUGCGAGAAUUAGAAGCAUAUGUGAUGUCUUGUCUGAAAAAGAAAGCAAGAAAGCCAUAUACCAAAAAAGCCUCUGGGAAGUCAAGAGAAGAAGCUCAGAAAGAGAAAAAGCUAGAGUUAGAACAAAAAUUGAUUGAGGUUCAUGAAAAGCUGGGAAGUAGUGCAAAGAAAGCCAAGAAAGAAGAAGGAGGUGUUGUGAAUGUUGAUGGUGCCAGUAGAUUGUCAGAUGGUAGCAGUAGCUCAUCUGGUACAGAUUCCAGCAGUGACAGCAGUUCAUCAAGUUCUUCAGAAUCAAGUGAUUCUGAAUCAGGAUCUCCAAUGAAGAAAAAAAAAUCACGUUCAAGACAUGGUAGUUCUGAAGGUCCUGGGAUAGUUAAUCAGGCCAAAGGGAAGAGCCAACAGGUUGGUAGUCGAAGAAGAAGCAGUAAUGCUUUGUCAUCUCCCCCAGUCAAAAUUACCAUCGGUGGAAACAACAUGGUCAUGUUAUCGCCAACAUCAAAAAGAAGAUCUUCACCUCAGAAAACUAUGAAUUCUAUACCACCACCAUCAACACAAGCAAUGACAAAUUCCUUACCACCUGUUCCACCACCAUCUCAGCCAAUCACUAGUCACCAAACACCUGUUAUACAGCAAAAACCUCCAUCUCCAAUAAUCACAGCACCUGCACCUCCAGUUAAACCAGUCACUCACUCACUUCCCCAGCAGCCCAGUCGUCCUUCAGGGCUGGCUACAGCAAAGCCACAGACAAAAUUAAAUAUUCCUUCAGUACCUACUAGCAACACUAUGAAUAUCUCUCCCAGUUUAUCACCUCCACAAAUGCUAGUGGAGAAGAGAGUUCCAGAUUUUCAUCCAUUGUCACCAACCAAGUCCCACGAAGAUUCAGCUGACAAUUUACUGGAUUUUUACCUUGGAGAAGAUAAUAGUAGCAGUAGUCCUAAACCUAGUCCACCUAAAACAGCACCUCCUGCUCCACCUGGUGCUACUAUAUCUGCUAGUGGAGUUGGAGUAAGAUUUGGAUCAAGUUCCAGUAAUCCUAAUUUAUCGACCAGUGCUCCUGGCUUAUCUACACCUGGUGGUGGAGGAACAAACUCUAUACGACCAAUGCAGGCAGAUAAAACUCCUGUUUCUCAGGUUAAAAAGGAUACAUUUAAGGUAAAGAAUGCUGGUUCUUGGUCUAGCUUAGCAAACAUGUCAACUCCUUCAUCUCUCAAGAAGGGACCCAGUGCAAUGCAAAGCUUUGAACAGUUUAAAAAAGCAGCUAAACAGAAGGAAGAGAGGGACAAAAUGAUGAAGGAACAAGAAGAAAAGAGGAAAUUUAAUAAAGAAAUGGAAGAAAGAAAUAGACAGAGAUCAGAAAUGGAGAGACUUAGAGAACGUGAAGAAGAGGAAGCGUUAGAUGCUGCAAGAAGAUCAACACAUGAUGAGUCUGCUCGUCAAAGAGAGGCUGACAAAAAAGCAAAAGAAAUAGAACGUAGAAAGGAACAGGAGAGAAGACGACGUGAAGCUAUGGCGAAUAGAAUAGAUAUGAAUGCUCAGAGUGAUUUGAUGGCCUCAUUUGAAGAAAUGAUGUGAAUUAUUCUGUGUUUUAUACAAGAUUCAUCAUAGACAGGCAAGCCAGAACACAGGUCACAUAAACAUUCCUCAAUGGCUAUGAUUUGUCCAUUCCAUAUAAUUAUUUAUGAAGUGUAAGGAUUUUAAAGUGCAUAACUAUAUAUCAAAAUGGAAUGUUCAUCAGAGGUUCAAAGGCUUACUAAUAUCAAUGUCAGUGUUACUGGUUAAACUUACUAUUGCAACAACAAGCUUGACAGCAUGAAAUGUAAUGGAAUAAUGAGAUGUUAAUUGAAAGGAAAGUGAUUGGGUUAUAUAUUAGCAUCAUUUAAAUACAGGAAGAUAAUUAGAUUUUUUUGGUUCCUUUUUAAGGGGGUGAUCCUGUAGUUUUAUAUAACAUUAAUAACUUUACAAAUUCAGUAAGUAGUCCUGAUCUCAAUAUAUGAAACUAAAAUGUUAAUUAUAUUUAGUGAGUAUUGAUCAAUGGUAAUUAAUUGGCUGUGCCUUUUUUUUUAAAUAACAUAUUUAAAGUGUUCAUUGGUAGCAGAAAAAAACAUGUACAUUCACAAACAGUGCAGGAUAAAGACUUAUUCUUUGCAAUAAUGUGCUUCUUUUGUAAUUAUAAGGUUUUCUUUCUUCAAUAAUUAAGCUAAAGAGAUUAUUAAAAUUAAAAAUUGGAAAUUACGAGUUUUUCUUUUGAAAGUUUUUUUUUCCAGGAAUUAAACUAAGAGAGUAAAUUAUAUAAAGUAAAAAAUAAACACUGUUUUGAAAUGAAGGAAGAUGUCUUCAAGAAAAUAAAGAUAAUUAGAAGACACCAAAAACAUUUAGAUAUUUCCAUUUUGAUUAAUUGAUAAAGAAAUUAGAUUUGUUUCAUUAUCUUGAUGAAUAUCUUCUUAACUCUGCUGAAAAUUUUAAAAUGUCAAUAUUUUUUUAUACAGCAACUCAAAUAUUCAGAUAACUUUUUGAAGUGCUCUUCAAAGAAAGCUGAUCUCUGAAAAGCUGUUGUUGGUUAUUCUUGAGUGUUUAGUUGUUAUGUUUAUAAAUAUAUAUCUCUGUUGUUCAAAGUAUAUGUAAAGAAUGUAAUUAUAUUUCUAUUUUCAGUAGAAAUAUUUAAGAUGUUAAAGAAAUUGUAGUGAAUAGAUGACAUGGAAGCCAUUUAUUAAUUAUAUGCACUUAGUAUGUUCAAAUAGGAGAGAUUUCUCCUCUAACAUAAUUUGAAGGUGUUAAUUAUGAACCAGAAAUUAAGAACAAUUACAUACUUUUCAUGAAUUGUUUAUUUUUAUGGAUAUCCUUUUGAACCGACAAUAACAAACAUUGGACUUUUUAGGCUGUAAAGAGUAUUUGUAUUAUUAUUUAAAUAAAUGGUUGUACUUGAAAAUUGCGAUUCCAUUUUCCAUUGGAUUUAAACUGUUUUUUUUUUUUUACUUUUUUACUUUGUAUGAAACAUAAUAAAUAGAUUUUCGUAUAUAAUUCAUUUUGGUAUGCAAGAUAUGAAUUGGAAACCACAGUGGAUAACAUAACCAUGCAGAUAGAGAUGGUGCUUUACCUCCUAAAAAUCGGUAAUGUUGGUGUGAAAUUGUACAUAGAGAAUUCCAUCAUUGGAAUAGGUAUAUGUUAUUAAAACACUAAUUUAUUACAAUAUUGAAUGUAGAUAGUUGUGCAUAAUAUUUUGUUGGGAAGAGUGUCUAGUUGAUGGCAGGAAAUUCUGUGCAUAUGAUAUUGUUGUGUCUUAAAAUGAAUUGCUAUAAGUUAAUGUGUGUAAAUAUGUACAUUACAUUUAAUCUACUUGUAUGGAUUUAGUAUAAAUAAUGUUUGUCUUGAAUGUGUUUGUGAAAUGUGAACUCAGAAAAAAGGCAUAAAAUAUAUCAAAAAACUGAAAACAGACAUUAUUUAUCAGUGUUUUUUUUUUGAAGAGUAAUAAAUUGUUGAGUUUGUAAUUAUUUUGCAUGUUGAGUUUGAAAUCAUAGAUGUUUUUCCCGUAAUCAGUGUUUUAAUUUUAGUGUUGUGAGGAAUGACAAAUCUUGUACAGACAUAUACAUGGUGCAAUUUUGCUAUCUAAAAGGCAAUUUGAAUGAAAAUUUUGGGCAAUUUUUCUGCCUGUUUUACCAGUUACCGUAAUGGGAAAUGAUGUCAACUAUACAUUUCAUCAAUAACCAUUUCUCCCUAUCUUGAUCAAUCCCAUAUCUUGAAUGAAGAUUAUUUUAAUUUGUUUAAGUUCUGAAUUGGAAAAAGAAGUACCAUAAAAAAAUCAUUGAUUAAAGAAAGAAAAAUUGACUUGAUAAAUUGUAAAAGCUAAAAUAUUUAAGAAUCAAAUGUGUAGAAGCCAGCCAGACAUAUUCUAGAUCUUCUAUCCACAUAUAUUUCUUAAGGAUCAGGGCUUCCAGAAAUAAUUUGAGCCAGCAAGUCUUUUAUUUUACCUAAUUUUUAGUCUCUUUAGACAUUGAAACUAGAGGUUUCCAAGUCAUUAAUCUGGUGACAAUAAUUAAAAAUGAUAACUUCCUACUUCCUAUUCAGUGAACUGACAGUAGCAUGUAAAUUGAUGUGCAUCGUAUUAAGUGUGAAACACCUGCCAAAUUAAGUUUGCUCUGUACUAUUUAUUAAUGCAAUAUCACUAUAAUAAAGAAACUCUGUUUUGUUAAAAAGCACAUAUUUUCUAAUACUGCACAUUGACUUGACAGCGACUAAACUCCAAACAAAUAUUGAAUAUGUAAAAUCUAGGUAGAUUUUUGUACAUCCUUUGGACAUAAUAGUUUGAGUCUUCAAUAAAGCUCACUGCCAUAAAACUAAAGGUACUAAUAGUGUAGACAACAAACUAAAUGGUCUUGAUUGAGGAUAUUGGUUUUAGAUAUGCAUGUAUUCCAUUGUAAAUAAAUUUGAUGCAACAGGGUGCUAAGAUUAGUGGUGAUGAAUGAAUGCAUGUUCAUGGUUCAAAACAUUCAUUUAAACACAACACCAAAGCUGUAUGAAUUACUUGUUCAUUUUUUAUAUUGUUUUGUUUAUUAUUGUUCUCAUUUAUUUCGUGUUUGUUAAGUAAAGGUAUAGUAAUAAAGAUUUGUAACAGUUGUUUGAAAGUAGUUCAUUUGUCAGGUAUACUGUGUAUGCCAAUAUAGCAUGGUUGAUAAUACCAUUGGUGGAAUUUGACAGUGUAAACAUUGAUUUUUAAGGCACAAUUAAAGCCACAACUAUUAAAAAAAAAAAAAGAUUAUUUUAUGUUAAUAAGUGUUCUUGAGAGUGUUCAGUUCAAUUCAGAUAGGAGCUGUUUUAUAAGGGGAUGGGUUGAGGAUCAACAACACUUUUUUUACUGUAUACCCCCACCAUCCAUAAUAUUUUUUAUUUUCAUUUGCUACAGAACUGUACCUGCAUCCACCCCUAUAACCCACUGAAAAAAAUAGGUGGUGUCCAACCCUCCCAUACAUUUUACUGGAAAAGCCCUAACUAACAUUUGUCGAAACUAAAUAAAUUUUGCUUGUGUGUAGUUCAUGUAAAACUAGUGAAAAAUCUCUAAAUAAAGCUGAGAAAACUUUAAAUUUAGCUGCUAAUUUUUUUUUUAUUAUUACUGAAAUGACAAUCUGAACAGAACAGUCCACUUACAAAACAUAGAUUGUUCCUUCUAGAAAUUGCUCACAUUGAUUUGGAAAAUGUAAGGUAACAUUUUUAGAUUUUUUCACCUUGAAAGUUUUUUUUUUAGAUCUCAGUUUUCUUAAAUAUGUUGAUAUUAGCAAUGUCUUUUAUGUUGAUAAUUCCUAAUGUCAUUAAAAAUUGUAAUAAAUACAUAUAUAUAUCUAAAAUUUAAAAAAAAUAUAUAAAAAUAACUAAAUUUUAAAAAUAGGAUAUAAAACAAACCAGCAGUUAUUUUGUAAUGAUUGGUUGUAUGUAUGGAGUACUUGUAGUUGUAUUUAUUCAUGAACCAUUAAGUCUUAAAUCAUAUUGUAUUUACCAUUAUACAGCUUGCUGUAUCAUUAUAUACAUUAACAUUUUUGUGUGAAGAAAUCUGAAAUUUUUGCUUGCUGCAUUUCCUGAAUUAUGAGACAUGAAAUUCAUUAAUUAGUACAAAAAAUGUUUUCGAUAAUUAUUUUAUAUGCAAUAAAAAACAAAAUCUCACAUGAAGAUGAAUUCAAAUCGCAUUAAAAUGGAUAAAACUCCCAAGAAAGGAAAUAAAAUUAAUUAUAUAACAAGUACUCAUGAGUACAUAUGUUUUUGAAAACAAAAUUUUUGAUUUCAGUUUUAAAAUGAUUUGAUUGUAUGAAUAGGAUUGGGAUCAGUUGAAAACAUCUAUUGAUUUUUUAUUCUUAUGAAAAACUUAAUUUUGACCAGAUAUUAUCAUGUGUAAAGAUAGCAGUAUGAUCAUGUCUUCUAAGCUAGAAAAUACAGCAUAAAAUAUUUGUCAUAUCAUUCAUAAUUUCUCUUCCACAAAGCAUGAAGUUGAUAUUUUUGUUACGUAAUUAUGUACAGCCGAAUAAAGAUGGCAAUACUGAA